AUGUCAUCCGUCGAGGACCCCGUCGUUGAGUCGCUGAGAUCUCGUUUAGUUGGAUCUGGUAACUUCCACAGUGGUAUCCAUUCUCUUGAUACUGCUUUAACUCUACAAUCAAGAAUCCACGACCAUCUGUUUGGCAUAGGACUUGACCCUACAGUAGCCAAAGUAUUGAGUGAUGAUUGCAAGAAACUAUUGGGGAAUUUUAAGGUAGAACCUGGCAAUCAGGAUAUUAAUAUUAGAAAUCUCUUAAACAAAAUUCUUUACAACUGUGAAGGUGUGUUGCACUACCACAUGGAGAGACCUAACGAUGCCAAUAUUUAUUUCUCCAAAUCUAAAGUCAUCGAACUCAGAGAUUUACCAUUUGCACAAUUCUUAAAUCUGGAAAAUUUGUACUAUAGGGGACUCUGUAAGGAUGACACUUUAUUAUAUGGAGAAGAAUUGUUUAGGAUUAUUGAUAGCGUACCCAACGAUUCACAAGGAUUAACAUUACACUAUUUGAGUAUGAUUUUCAACCACAUCUCAAGAGACAAGGAGGUUGCAGGACGCAUUUUAGCUACAUUCCCUUCAAGUAGUCCAUUGACUUGUUUGGCAUCAUUACAUUUGGGAGAAUACGAAGAUACCAAAUUCCUAAACAUUUUAGCACAGUUAGUAAAUGAAUCGCAUUUUCCACAGGCAGAGGCUAAUAAUAAUAAAGCGUUGGAGGAUUUCCACAUGUUUUUACAUUAUUAUUUUAAAAAGGCUACCAAAUUAUCGCCAGAUUGGAAAAAGUAUAUCAUCGAAUCGAUGGAAAAGACUUUCCAAAGUGUAGCCGUGGCUAAGUCUGCAUUUAUCUAUUUUGGCAGGAAUUCAAUCACGUCUCCAGUGGAUACUAAAGAAUCCAUUUUAAAUUUCGUCAAUUUUGUGAAAUACACUCAAAGGGAAUACGUUUUACAUGGGAACAAACAUGAUGAUCUAGUUUCAUUGAUUGAUUCCUACGCUUACAUUUUAAAAAUAGCUCAAGAUUCAUCUCACGAUGUGGAAAAUGUGUUCAAUUUCCAAGAUUCAGUGAACAAACUGCUAGACUUGCUACGAUUAAUGCAUAAACAGAACGGAUUCCCCCUAAUGAGUGGACAAGAUUCUCUGAAUUGGUUAGAAAACCGUGAUGAAUUGAUUUUACCACGUACCGUUUCCAAAAGGUUGACAAACGCAUGGGAAAUGCUUUUCACAAUUGAUAAAAAUUCUUUGACCCUUUUAAACGACAACAGCCUAACUGCAUAUUUGACGAAUGCACUAAGCGUAGCUACAGAUCCUUUGAAAUUGUACCAGUUGAAUUUCCAAUACUGCUAUCUUUUAGCACAAAAGGGCCUCAUUGAACCGGCUAUCAAAAUUUUAGAAACAGUACUAUUAGAAGAAAACCCAGAGUGCUACAGUGCCUGGCACCUAUUGGCACUAUGCAAAUCAAUUAAUGAAGAUAAAGAGGUUUCUUUCAAGAUCGUAUGUUCGGUGUUACAAGCUAUGCAAGAAGGCUUCGAAGAAGGUAGAUUAGCCGUUACAGAUAGAUGGCAAUUUGUGCAUCUUAAGAUGACCCAAUUAAAAAUCGUCGAAGAUAUCUUUGGUAUCAUGGAUGCCUUAGAGAUGUUACCAGAGUUAUUCGAACUUUUCUCCUUACUUUUCCCCGCAGAUGAUAAAAGAUUCGAUAGAAUUGGCAAUGGUUACAACCAGACCAAAGAAUACCUCUUACAGAUAGUAUGGCUCUUUGCCUCUGGGCUAUAUAUGAGAGUUCCCGAGAACUACACCGAUGCUGCAGAUGCUAUCAAUGAAUCAAUUGGUGUCUCCAAGGAAUUCAAAAAUUUGAAUUGUAAUAUAGCUAAAGGUUAUUUGUGCCUGGCGAGAGGUCAGUGCAAAAGAGCAUCAAAAGAAUUCAAUACCGUGUUAUUAGCAGAUCCCUAUAACGUUUCCGCUCUAGUGGGGUUGGCACAGGUAGUUUACCCAGAAGGUGAUACUGAAAUCUGCGAUUACUAUAAAUUGAGACCACUUACACCUGACUCGCUCGACCAAAAACAAGACUGCCAACCAGAAUCCGUUUUCGUCAGUGAGGCCGAUAGAUCUGCCAAUAUUGCACGUCUAAAACUUCUGUUAGAAUCCGCAAUUGCUCAUUCCAUAGAGGCAGAUCAUUCUCCAGAGAUUUGGUGGUACUUAUCGCUAAUUUACGAACAGUACAAGGACAUUGGCUACAAGGACGCAUUGCUCAAUUGUGUGAGGUACAAGGAAACGGAACCAGUACGUCCAUUUAAAUACUGUAACUUUUAA